AUGGCCGCCACAGGCCAGGUCAACGACACCAGAAGCUGCUUAGUUACCCCCUUCCAUGGUGGCAUGCUAGCAAAUACCAUCGUCAAUCUGCAGGGAAUCAUGGGCUUCUUUAGUUGCGGCCGGUUCUUCGCUCUGAUCUCUCUAUUGCCGUUUCUUGUGAAUGCUAUCACAGAGUGCCGGCCGUCUCUCCCACUUCCAUAUCGGGUACUCCAUCAAUUCCCAGACCCGACAUAUCUACAAAGUCUCUACGUUCGAUCAAAUGGAGACAUCCUCCUAACUACCGCCUGGCCAAAGGGGACGAUUUACUAUGUCUCAGGCCCCACGACGAAGUCACCCAAAGUCACCCAGGUCUACCAGUUCGACCCCGAAGUCGUAAACGUUACAACCAGUAUCAUCGAAACACGGCCUGACGUCUACGCCUUUUUCGCAGGCCAGCAAGUCCACUUGGGCAUCGGUAUCAACGGCACUUUUGGUGUCUGGGAGCUCGAUCUUCGUCCUACUCGCCGUCGAUUGAACCCUGGAAAGGCGAUUGUCAAGGAGCUCGUCCAUAUCCCCAACGGUGGCCUCCUGUCAGGAUUGGAUGUCGUCCCAGAUGAUCCCAGCACUCUGUUAGUUGCAGACUCGACUGUCGGGGUGGUAUGGCAUGUGGACACCGUUGCUCGCAAGUACAAGCUCGGAAUUCAAGAUCCAGCUAUGCCUGGUCCUCCGUGGGCAGCGACACAGUUCGGAAUCGAUGGACUGCAGUACCACAAGGGAUACCUAUACUGGACUAACAGCUUCGAGGCAAGAAUUUACCGUAUCCCCAUGACACGGAAAGGUUUCGCGGCGUCUGGAGCGAAGGGAGAGCUGUUUAAAGAGGUCCGCUCAUUCUUCCUUGACAACUUCACAUUUGGACCAAGGAAUAGCGACACGAUGUGGGUUGCAACCAAUGCAGAUAACCGUUUGAUCACAGUCUCACCCGAUGGUAAUGUCACCGUAGUUUUGGGUGAGCCAGACGAACUAACGGUGUCUGGGGUGGUCCAGCCGGCAUUCGGGAAGCUCCCUGGUGACACACAUACCAUGUACGCUAUAACAUCCGGCGCGUUCAACUUCCCGAUCAACGGAACAGUGACAGAAGGCGGAAAACUCAUUGCCGUCGAUACAAGAGGUUACUGUUAA